AUACCCCUAUAAUAUGGAAGAAAGGGCAAGAACGGAACUCACACACGAGUACAUUAAAAACAUUAGAAUUUAUUCGAUCAUUCUGAAAAUAGGUGGGUGGAACAGAUUUGAUGUUAAAGACGGCCAGAUUGUCAGCAUUUCAAGAUUCUCACAGUUCUGUUCAUUAUUAGCAAUUAUAACUGUUUCUCUCGCUGCAUACAUACUCAUUCUCCAAACAUCUAUUAUGAACAAUUAUUUAAUCUUGCCAGAAUUUAUAACAGUCAUUGAACUCGUGGUAUUGAACAAUGUAGUACUGCUGAAUAUUCAUAUUUUCAACAGACAUUCUGGAGCAAAAUUAUACAAAGAAGGAAUAGAGAUAGAUUUAUUCUUAGGAGUGACCCAAACAAAAGUUAUGAGAGAUAUUGUAAUGAAAGACAUGCUAAUUUGGUCUACCAGUAUAGCAUCAUUUGAGUUAGUGAUAUUCGCAGUCCUGAUCAUAGCAUUUUAUAAUAAAUUACCGGUGUACAUUUACUUCGUCGGCAUAGUUUACUUCCACCUACUGUUCACUUUGUGUUACGAUCAGGGGGUUCACAUGUGUUUAUAUAAAUUUCUAUGCCUGAGAGUCCACUACUUGAAUGUAGGAUUAGUGAAAAUAGCUAACUUAUAUACAGCGUAUUUAAUAGAGCAACUGAUAUCGUAUCCGUUUCAUUGGAAGAAAGAAUAUGAUAAUAAUGUGGAUUUAUCGAGGAAAGAUAGGAAAUAUUUUACUGAAAGUCUCAGGAUGGUCGAUGCUCAGGUGCGCCGCGUUCAGCACAGCUACAGGUUUAUGGUAAGUUCCAUUCAGUGUAUUCCUAUUUGUCCCCGCCCCCCCUGGACCAUAUUCAUCGGAAUAACACAGCAAACGGACAAAUUGAACAUGCAAAUUCAGCGUACUAAACUUAUAUGCACCUAUAUUCAACUAAAACCUAAUAAUUCUGAUGAACUUUUAUCACUCUCUCGAAGCAUCCUGGACACCCUGGCCGUCAGCGACUACAGGAUCUCCAUCUAUAACCUAUUUUACUUCGACCAAAGGCUUUUGUUCUCAAUCGCUACUUCAGUGUUCGUCUACAUCACUAUGCAACUGCAGCUUGCUUUUCCGAAACGCAAUAGUCCUAAUGCCGAAAAAGAAGUCAAUGGGGCCGUAGACCACGCGGCCGCCGCGGCGAAGGAUGCGAAGAACACUGCUACUAAACAAGCAGAACACGCAAAUCACGCAAUACACCCAGAACACGCAAAUCACGCAAACCACCCAGAACACGGAAAUCACGCCAUACACUCAGAACACGCCAAGCGCAACGCGAGGGACCACACUGGAGGCGCAAAGCAUGGGGGUGAAGGUGGUCAAAAGCGCGGUGCUGGAUUGGAGCGUCCCUUUACAAACAUAAUAAAAGAGGGAGAAGAAUUUGGCACAAAAAUGGCAGAUCAAGGAGUUAAAGUACUAACAGAUUUAUUCGGACUUUUCAACGUUUAA